AGCUUGGUUAGAAGAAACAAAACAGCUACAAAUUUUCAUCAGAAAAAAACAAUUUGAUCACAGACGACAAAACUUUGUUUUGAAAUGUGACGUACCCGGAAAAAGCUGCAUGCAUAAUAAAAACAAGGGAAUUGGUACGGACAGUGAGUUAAACCUAAGAUGUGUGACCUUUACCCUCAUGUCUGAGAUGCCAUGGGUGUGCAGGGCUUAACCACGUUUGUGGAGGGGAACAGAAACUUUCUCCAGGACUUGAGGUUCAGGGAUAGUCGACUUGUUAUUGAUGGCUGUAGUUUAUACUACCGCCUGUACUUUCACCACGGCUUGGAUCUGCAGCACGGAGGAGACUACGACGCUUUUGCCUGCCUGCUCACCAGGUUCCUCUCCGCUUUGGCAGCCUGUAAAAUCCAGCCCUAUGUGGUGCUGGAUGGAGGGAUUGACCCCAGUGAUAAGAAGUUCCCUACUCUGCGUAGUCGCCUGCAGUCCAAAAUAAGGGAAGCAGACAGCCUCUCUCAUGGCCGCAACGGCUCUGUCCUUCCAAUCCUUACAAGACACGUCUUCAUCCAUGUCCUCACUCAGAGAGGCGUCCCGCUGGUCCAGUGUUCAGCCGAGGCAGACUGGGAGAUUGCGUGUUUGGCACGACAGUGGAACUGUCCAGUGCUGACAAAUGACAGUGACUUCUAUGUCUUUGACCUUCCAGGUGGUUAUCUGCCACUCCAGUAUUUCCAGUGGACCAACCUGAAUGGAAAAGCAUGCCAGCGAUACAUUUCAUCUCGGUUUUACACCACCAACAAUCUGUGUCGCUGGUUUGGGGGCCUGGACCGGGAGCUGCUUCAUUUAUGUGCUGUAAUUAAUGGGAAUGACUAUGGAGCUCUAAUGGAGGCUGAGACUCUCCUUGAUCUGAUAGAUGUGGGUGCUUCAGGAAGAGGAGGGGGCAGAGGUAAAGGUAGAGCUUCCUCGUCUCGUAUCGAGGGCCUCCUGAUUUGGCUGUCGUCUUUUUCAAGUGUGGCUGAGGCCCUAAAGGAGGUGAGCAGGCUCAUGUGUGAAGGAGGCAGAAACAAGAAAGGUCAGAAAGAUGAGCUGAGCUCCCAGCUGUGGGCUGCAAUGCAAGAGUAUAACAUAAAAGCUAGAAGCUCUCUGGUUCACUGGUUCUCUGAAGGUAAAGUAGCUCAGAGAGGGAACACAUGUGGACUGACACAGCUGCCAGACUGCUUGUCUUUUGCUGCAGCACAAGGGCAGCUGGCUCCUGCGGUGGUGGAUGCUUGGGUCAUGCAGCGGGUCCUCCUCAUGCCCCAGGUGGAGAAUAAUAGACUAGCCAGCAGCCACUUAAGCUCUAAAGCCAUACGCCAGGCUAUAUAUGGGAUAUUACUGCAGGGUCAAGAUGGGACCGUGCACGGAAGAGACGGAGGCGCGCGGCUAGCAGCGGAAAGUGGAAGAGGUUCAGGAGGGAGGGGGCGUGGAGGCAGGGGUCAGGUUCACACAUCAGCGUGGAGCACGGGGCAGGCAGCUUCAGUGCAAGCACAAGGCACCCCCAUCUGUGUUGAGGAGUAUGAUCGUCUGGACCUCAGCUUAAAGAAGAACCUAGUGGAGGCACAACCCCCCAGGACCCCCGUACUCCUGAGUGAACUCAGCCAGGCCCCUGUUGCCCUGCGACUUGGAGUCCUGUUCGAGGUCCUGGCGGUGAAGGAGUCUGCUCUGGAACCGGUUCCUCCCCACCAGCGUCUGGUUGUAGCAGUGACUGGAUUCUGGCUGAGAGAGGUCACACCAACACCCCCACAGCCUCUGGUGCAAGCGUUAGUGCUCAGCAUGGUUUAUGGAGAGGUGUCCUUCAACAACCAGCCUGGAAACUCCCAUCAGCACGCUGUCCCGCGUAUGAACUGGGCUGCAGAGCGACAGGUGCUCUCAGCGCUGGGUGGGAAGAGGGUGAGACCGGGGGAGAGACGAAGGCUGGACCUGGGAGUGGCUCACAGCUUGAGCCAAUGGCAGGCCUGCUUCUGGAGUGCUCUGUGUCUCAAUCAGCUUCUCCUGAUGCCACUGCCUCAACCUCAGCUGUCAUGGGUGUUCAGUGGUACCUUGGUGCACGGCCUCUACAGGGCUCUGAAAGCAGGCUGGGCUGCAGAGACUCUGCUCCCUGUUGGGUCUGUCUCCGGACGGCUCUACUCCUGCCUGCUGGAAGCUGUGAGGGACUGCAGUUUCAAGCCAAACCCAUCUUCUCUAGUAUCAGGGAGGAAGAGGAGAGGCAGGGGCCGAGGAAAGAGAAGGGGAGGCGGGAGAGUGGCUCAGAGUGGCAGGAGCGAUGCAGAGGAGUUAAACAACAGGUUUGCUCUCCUCAUGAGUGAUGAGGAGUUUGAUCAUUAAUGAGGAAGCGGAGAAAAUCAAAUCAGGUCUGAGAUGCGUGGGAAACGCUUUAAGGUUGUUUACUUGUGAAAAAAGUGCCGUUAUUUGCACCGAUUAGACCCCGAGACCCUCUCCCUCUACUCAUCAGAGCAUCUUAAAAUUCCUUCUGUUCUGUUUGAUCUUAUCUGAUCAAACGUUGGAUGAAGAGCCACCCAAAACAUCAACUACAAUUAUGAAUUUAGUUCCUAUUAAAGUGGAUAAUAAAAUCCACACAAUAAGACAUUUUUAUAUACCGUAAAUCCUCUAAUAUUAGCCUGUAUUUAAUUAACUGCCGGGUAUCAUAUUUUGGCCGGUGUCGGAGUCGGCGGAGGUGAAUAAUGGCCGGUUUUUUAUUGUGGCCGGGUGGAAUGUGGUAACAAGCAAGUACGGUUGGGCGGUUGUGUCAUCGUCUCACUUUUGAUUUGCCAGUGAUAGACCGCGAGGGUAACUUUAACCGUGCAGAGAUGAAGAGGAGACGAAAAUUUGAUAACAAGUUCAAAGAGAACGUGCUGAUUAUGCUGCAGAACACUCUGGGGAGCAGUAGCAGGGGUUGUAUGAACUAGUCACUAGUCGACUUCACCGCUCUAUAGUGACUUUUUAUGCCUGUCAUCGACUAGUCACUGUCACGUGAUAAUGACCGGCAAGAUGCAGUCCUCGGAAAAGACAGCAGCCUGCUGUCAACAGGUGACAAGCUCCUGCGCGUCGAGAGGCAACGCGCUGUGCCAGAGCGUCGGUACUGACACCCGCCGUAAAACGGACAUUUAACCAAAUUGUGACGUUUACCCUCUUGCAAUUUAACAUUCCCUCACCCCCAUCCUAACCUUAACCAGCUUGCGCAUGCAAAGCUCUGAUUGCUCCAGACAUCUGCGUCCUGAGCACGGCCACAGUAACAUUAUCAAAUCAGGUGUCGCCACCUCAAAAACUAAUUUAACACGCGAUCGUUCCUGUCGCCUCAUUUCCUUUUGUUUUCUUUUAUUCUUUUAUUUGUGCCUGAUGCUUUUCGCUGCUGUGGAUCGGGGCGCAUCACCUGUUUUGUCCUCGGUGACGCACUGAUCACUGAUGCGGCCGCCAAGCAGCGAGCACUCCACUGUUUUUGCGGUCGGUAGAUCUUUUAGAACAACAGUUCAAAGGUAACUCAUGAGGUGAAUAUAUAUGAACCCAGGUAGCAGUUUCUCUUUAGGACUGAGAGGAGAUGCAGGAAGAUAAUAAACAGGCAGGACAGAAAAAUAGUCAAAUAAAAACAAGUUAGUUUUUGUACCUGGUGGUUGCAACAAACAGACACCAUUGAAGGUAAUCAGAAGUGAGGAACAGAAAAUGAAAUAAUUAUUUUAAUGUUUAGAGCAGCAGCAACUCCGAGAGGCUGCAGGCGCAUCAGUGAGUUUGCGGCCGCUGCGCAGGGGGAGGGGGGAGGGGGCUGAAGCAGAAACUACCGUUGUUAAAAGAAAUGUGUUUAACUUUGAAAAUGUGGGCGCAAUUUUAAUUGUCAAAAACUCCAGCGAACCAUUAGUUCAUUUUGCUCAAAUAGAAAUUGAGGCCUGCCUCUAAUUCUGGUCCUCCUUCCAAUAAAGGCCUGGAGCUUGAUGAGCUUGAGUCAAAUACAGGCCCGGGCCUGUAUUAGAGGAUUUACGGUAUUCCAUAUAGAUUCUUUAAAUAGCAGAGUGAUGCCAGGCCGUGUUCAGAGCUGAUGGGAAUCUAAAGUGUUUGUUUUUAUCCUUUUAACAUCAAGCAGCUUCUGUAAACUGAAGCAGUUCAUCAACAUUUUCAUACUCCUGGUGUCUUAAAGGCAUCUUCUCUCCUUUUUGAAGUUAGAAUUGAUUUCCUGUUGGAGCCUUUGUUUACGAGCGAUGAGCUAACAGCUAGGCAGACUGGACCUAUAUCCAAAACAGAUGUCAGACACCUUCAAACGAUUCCAAUCCUUUAAAUGUCACUGAGCAGCAUCACCUUAUCACCUUUAUUUUGAGAUUUAUUAAAAAUCAGCAGCAGCUAAUCUGACAGCGGUUUCCUAACAUUGCACAAAACUAAUUGUCUGGUAGAAAGGUUCAUGCAUGAACUGCUGUGAAACCGGUCACACAAGCUGUUACUGACAUCCAUACACUUUGGCCUUGCUCAGACUAGCCGUUAGCUUCUCUAAUUCUCCAAACAAAGGCUGUUUACUUAGCUGUUUAGACAUUAAGACUUCAAAAGGGCAGAAAAUCCCUUAAAUCAAUAAAUAUUAUUGAAUUGUU